AUGAGCUCAGCCCAUGCUGCUUUGAUUCUUCUCUUGUUUCUGCUCUUGCAUCUUUCGGAUUCUCGUCACCUCAACAAUGUUCACAUCAAAGAUUCUCGGUUUUCGCUUGACAAGGAUCAAAAUGUUAUCUCCUCCGGUUUGACAUCUAAAGAACCGGUUAGAGUUUCUCGGUUUGUUCCGGGUGCAGUGAAGAACCGCCACCAUCGGCCACCACUGUUCUUUGCAGAUUAUCCGAAGCCAUCCACUCGGCCACCACGUCAUAACUGA